AAACCGGAACUUCACAGCUCUUGAAAACCUGUGACCCCCCUCUGACAGAUCAUCCCCGCCUCUGGCGUCUAUCAGAGGUGCGACAUGAGGAAACAGCUGUAGAAAUCAAAGCAGUCUGUCUGCUGACAGCGGCUCUUUUUCGGGUAUGGACGACGGUCCCGCACCAGCAGAUACACAUACUGAAGAAGAGAUCGGAGCCUGGGCAGCAUGUGAAGCGGUUCCUCUGGUUCAGGGCUCCGGUGGCUGCUGUGGCUCCUGCCUGGAGAACAUCCGAGGCUUGGUCCCGCUGGAGCACCGGAAUGAGAUAGUACAGCUUGUUAAACUGGCGGGGCCGGUGGUCAUUUCCCAGUUGAUGGUCUUCAUGAUCAGUAUCAUCAGUAUGGUGUUCUGUGGUCACCUGGGCAAAACAGAACUAGCAGGGGUAUCGUUAGCAACUGCGGUGGUUAAUGUCACUGGUAUUUCCAUUGGCACCGGUUUGUCGUCAACCUGUGAUACCCUCAUAUCUCAGACGUAUGGGAGCGGUAACUUGAAGCGUGUGGGUGUGAUUCUCCAGAGAGGGGUUCUGAUUCUGCUGAUGGCCUGUUUCCCCUGCUGGGCCGUCCUCAUCAACACUGAACCUCUCCUGCUCGCUGUCAAACAGAGCCCAGAGGUCGCCAGUCUCGCUCAGCUGUAUGUGAAGAUAUUCAUGCCUGCUCUGCCGGCAGCUUUUAUGUACCAACUACAAGGGAAGUAUCUUCAAAACCAGGGAAUUAUGUGGCCUCAGGUUAUAACUGGAGUGACUGGAAACGUCCUUAAUGUAAUCAUCAACUACAUCUUCCUCUAUCUUUUGGAGUGGGGUGUCGCUGGAUCUGCAUCAGCCAACGCCAUCUCACACGGUUUCCUGGCUUUGUUCUUAUAUGUUUACAUCAACUGGAGGGGUCUGCACAAGGCCACGUGGGGAGGUUGGUCACUGGACUGUCUGCAGGAGUGGGGUCCCUUCGUUAAGCUGGCCAUUCCCAGUAUGCUAAUGAUUUGUUUAUCAUGGUGGAUAUUUGAAAUAGGAGGAUUCCUGGCUGGAGUGAUAAGUGAGGUUGAGCUGGAUGCUCAGUCCAUAGCCUACCAACUUUGCAUUGCAGCUUAUAUGUUCCCACUAGGAUUCUCUGUAGCUGCCAGUGUACGGGUUGGGAAUGCUCUUGGUGCAGGAAACACAAAGCAGGCUAAGCUAUCCUGCAAAGUCCCCAUCAUCUGUGCAUUCAUAAUUGCGUGCUUUGUUGGAGCCAGUCUCAGCAUCUCUAAAAAUGUCAUAGGAUACAUUUUCACCUCAGAGCAAGACAUUAUUAAGAGGGUUUCCGAUGUCAUGCUCAUAUUUGUUUUCAUGCAUGUUUGUGAUGCCACUGCAGGUGUGGCAGCAGGAGUCCUUAGAGGAGCAGGAAAACAGUUGGUUGGUGCUCUGUGUAGCCUGGUGGGAUUCUACUUCAUUGGCUUCCCCACUGGUGUGUCCCUGAUGUUUGCUGCAAACAUGGGGAUUGUGGGAUUGUGGACAGGACUUACCAUUUGUGUGUUACUGCAGGCGAUUGUUUUUAUCACAUUCUUGUACAAACUUGACUGGAAAAAGGCGACAGAAGAGGCUCUUGUGAGAGCAGGAGUCCAGAUCACAGAAGAAAAAGAGAUGGUUGCGGUGGAGCACACGGACUCAGAUCAGAACCCAGAGGGGCUUGUUCCACGCCACAGUGAAUUCAGCACUACCACCACAGUGGGAGACGUUCUGUCGGUAACACAGCUGGUUUUAUGGCGUGGCCUGGCUUUGCUAAUCAUGACCAUCAUCCUCAUAACAGGAAUUGUAACCAGCACCUUGCUGAUGAAACUGUUCAAAUGACUCAUUUUAAAAGCUAAGAAAUAUCUUCAAAUUUUGACAGUGAGUGUCAAGGGGCUGCUUGUGAUGUUGAUCCCACUGAGAAUCAACUCUCAAUCAGCUUUCAGUCACUCUCACAUUCAGCCUUGCUGGUCUGUCUACCUCCAACGCUCAGCAACCCCCUCACAUUUCCACUUUCUGCCAUGAUGCACAUGACUGAGAGCCCAAAUAAGUGACUUGUGAUGAGUCAAAAGAGAACCAUUUGUUUGUCUCAGCUAGCAGACCAAACAAGGGCUAAGAUGAUAAUAAAUAGUGGACAGUAGUAUAAUAUAUCAACACUUGUUGGUGUGUUUGUUGAUCAAAGUUUUAUUGUACAAUCUGUUCAGAUUGCAGGGUUCAAUCCUUGAACUUCUUUUAUUCAAUGUCUAAAUGUUUUUGGUCCCAAAGAUUAAGGCCUAAACGUCACGGCUCAUCUUAAAAUUAAUUUCUCUUAGUCUUUUAUAUAGUCUUAUUUCACCCCAGUUAUUCUGUUUGUUUUAUGAAAUGCACUUUGAAUUAUGUGGCUAUAUUGAAUGUGUUACAUGUUACACAGAUAUGGUUUCCUUGUCUUCACUCCACUGCAGAAGCCAUGCCAUGAUCCAAAGACAACUUCUUAGCUGUCAUGACUAGCCCCUAAGGGGGCUGUCUUUUGAACCCUUUUGUUUUAUUUUGAACUCUUUUGUGGACAUUUGGACCUUUUUGGACUUUUGUUUAGUUUAAGUUUUGUUAGUAGUUCCUGUUU